AUGGUGAACACAGACGAUCAAAAUGAUGAGAACCAUGGUGAACACACAGACAGUCUAAAUACUAGUGAGGCACAAUUUGACACGCAGCUUGAGUACGACUAUUACGGUGAAUCUGACUUGGACACGGGCCAUACUGAUGAUGUGGAAGGUGCAUCAGGUAAUGAGGAUUCUGUUGACAUGAGCCAGGCGACGCCAAGCGCUAGUCAUCCUGAGAAAACACAGAAUGGUAGCAAUGGCAAUGAAUAUCCUGACAAUAAUCGGGAUUUAUACUGGAUGAUAAAAGAGAUGACUUUUAUUUCUGAAGCAGCAGCAUUUUCUUUCUACAAUAGAUAUGCUAAAGAUUAUGGGUUCAGCGUCCGGCUGGACCAGGUUAAGCGGACGAUCAACGACGCGCAGAGAUCUGAGAUAUUAUCACUGGGAUCCAUGGGGGUCAGGAAGCACCUCAUUAUGAGAAAAUUCAUUGCAGGCUCCGGUUCAUUUGCCGGUGUUGGAUUCACAAGAAAGGAUUUGUACAACAUGUGCUCUAGGGAGAGGAGGAGGCUGCUUUUCGACGGUGACGCUACCACAGCCAUCCGCAUUAUGGCAAAGAGGAAAAAGAGGGACCCUGAAUUUUUCUAUAAAUAUGACGUUGAUGACAAAGGCCGUCUGAAGCACAUGUUCUGGUGUGAUUCCCAGUCACGUAGGGAUUACCAGGACUACGGAGAUGUGCUGGUGUUUGAAAGCACAUACAAGAUGAAUAAAUAUAAGAUGCCAUUUGUUCCUUUUGUGGGCUUGAACAACCACCGUAGGACAACGGUUUUUGGGUGUGCCAUCCUUUCAAGCGAGAAUGAACAAACAUAUGUUUGGCUUCUAAAGACAUUUCUCAAAGCGAUGUGUCAACAGAAGCCAAAGGCAGUAAUCACGGAUGCAGAUGCCGCGAUGAUCUGCGCAAUCGGCGAAGUAUUUUCUGGUGUGACGCAUCGCAUCUGCAGCUUCCACAUUGAAAAAAAAUAUGGAGAUGCAUCUACCUAA